AUGGACCUCAGUGCAUGUGCCGACCACGCACACGGCGUCGACAUGCACCAUAUACCGUUCACGCCCUCCGUGCUCGCCCUGCCUGUGCAGCUGAAAAUUUUGACGAGCGUCUUCCACGGCGUCGCCAUCUCGUGCACGCUCCUUCGAUUGGCGCACAGGCUGCGCAUCCUCGCGCUGUGGUGGGAAGACCUGUACGCAGGCGUAGCGCUCAUAUUCGACGUCCUCUGCCUCGCAUGCGUAUGGCUCGAGGAGCCCUCGGCCGGUCCCAACCGACCGCUCCAAACCGUCGUGGUAUCUUACCUCAUCACUUCGGGCUUCACCUCCGUUGUAUGGACCGCACGCCUUAGCAUUCUAUGGUCUGCUGUGCGCGUCUCAGACCCAGGCCGGAGAACCAGGCUAGUCUGCCAGGCCAUCGGACUGUGCUUCUGGGUGAUGUGGAUCGCGCUGGUCACCCAGAAGUUCAUCAUCUGCCACCAGAACGGGUGCGUCAUGGGCGAGUCAGUGGCCAUCUCCCAGCUCGUCACAGACAGCAUAUCCGACAUCGCACUCGUCGUCCUCCCCAUCUGGCUCCUGCGCGAGGUCAAGCUCUGCGCCAGACGGCGCGUCAUGGUCCUCUGCGCGUUCUCCGCCUCCCUCUCGAUAACCGUCGUCACCAUCGCGCACUCCAUCAUCCUCUUCGGCGACCCCACGCACGCCGCGACCUUGGUCGCCAACAUCAAGACCGCUCUCUCGCUCGUGGUGUGCAACCUCCUCGUCAUCGUGGCAUUCAUAUACAAGUUAUGUGGUUGGACCACGUGCAGCGACCGAACGACGUUUACAACCAUAGACCUGAACCAGCUAUGCACAGAUCCAGACUGCAAUCUCACUACGGGCACAAGUCGAGAGUUGACUCUCCAGGGCAUGAUUGAUCGUACUGGCACGUGCUGA